GUGAGUCCAGUAGCAGAUCGUUUGGUUCUCGGAUGUCCGACAGUGUCUGCUACGGGCAAGUGAUGCUGCCAUUUCUAUAAGAAUAAGAAGCCUUUCGCAUGUUCAUGCCCAGUGAUCCACCCCAACCCUGUGUGCUCACCUUCUCCCUUGCUUAUCCAUCUCACCCUUCGCCUUGCUCUCCAAACCCUCGCUCACCGUACCUCUUCACGAUGUUCUCUCUCAAGGCCCUUCUCGUCGUUGCGUUCGUCGCAGCAAGCAGCGUUUCCAGCGCCAGCAUCGCUGCGCGUCAAUCCAGCGUCAGCUGCGGUGGACACUCGAUCUCUUCCAGCCAGAUCCAAACUGCUCUGCAGACCGGCUACGACGACUAUCAGAACGGCAGCUCCCCUUCAGGCUACCCUCACGCCUACUACCAAUACGCCGAUGAGCACAUCACCCUCCAGUGCGACGGCAACUCUUACCACGAGUUCCCCAUCACUGGCUCUACUCCCUUCACUGGCGGCUCUCCCGGCGCCUACCGCGUCAUCUUCAACGACGACGGCGACUACUGCGCCACGGUCUACCACGCGAGCAAGUCUGACAACUCCUUUGCUCAGUGCAACUAAGCGCGCAAAAGUCAUGAUGGUGCAUUUGCACAGCCGGACAUUCUAGCCUGCUCCACAGACCGCAUCCACACUCGUCCCAAAAGAAUCUUGUCAGUUCCCACGUCCUUCGGCGUGCUCGAAAGAGCGUCGCCCUGCCGGGAGAGAGCUGCUCGAAUAAUGACCGGUGAUGCAAAAGAGAGAGAGAGAGAGAGAGAGAGCGCAUCACUUCUACACCUGUACCUACUUCAUGCGUAAUGACAAGUGAUGCCACAAGCGGU